AUGAGUCUGGCCGGUCGGAACGCUUCUUCAUCUUGCACUUCAUCAUCCCCCUCACAUCAGUCUUCCAAAGUUGCUCACCCACCCACAUCUCCAACAUCCAAUCUCGAGUCUGUGGCCCGACCGCCGAACUCUACUCAGCACGCCCGUUCCACAGCAUCCGCUGACCUAGACGACACAGCCGACUCGGUCACGUGCAGAAGGGGCUUCGACGGCGAGCGACCCUCGAGUUUUAUUUCCAUUGCGAGCUCGUCGUUCCCCUCUGCACCAUCAUCGUCUUCCCUCAACAGAACCUUGGCCGAUUACGAAGGGUACACCGCGUUUUUCGACGGUUUGCGGUCCCGUGGCUCGCUCGACAGUGAGAGCCAAGUCGCAAGAGUCGAUUCUGGCUUCGAGCGGCUCAGCCUCAACCUGUCCAACAUAACGCUGGGCGACUUCGACGACGAAGAAGACCUUAAGGACCUGAGCGCUUUGCAGUUCUCCAGAUCCAUGAGGAUGAACCUCGAAGCCCUCACGCGCAGCAGCGCCGACCAAUACGCAUACAACGGCGACGGCUACUCGGACCCCAACGAGCAUCUCGAUGCUAAGCACACUCAGGAGGCCUACGAGGCCACCUCGAUUCAAGAGUCGUAUGCGCAGCUCAUCUCCAGACUCGCCUUCGCGGGUGUCGUUUAUCCGGAUGGCGAAAGGUACAGCCUCGAGCAUCGUCAGACAGCAACUCCUCGGACGUCAUCCAUCAAGAACUCGCCCUUGACCGCUAGUCUGGCAUCUGGAAGGAGCUCGAGCGAUGUCAACGACGAUGAGAUCAGGACACCUCCUGAAUCUGACUUUGAGCGAUUCGGCUCGCCUCCGAAUGCCGAAGCCAGCAUGGAGGCUGUUCGGCCUCCAGCGCACUCGAGCGAGCAGGUGGCACCACCGGCGCAGGCCUCAUCGCAGACACCGCCUUCGUCAUUGCCGCAGACUGUUUCGGAAAAGGCAACGUUGCGCUCUCCAUUCAAGCAGGCGCCGCACGUACAAGAACGUCCUCAUUCGCAAGCGCCGUCAAAUCGUUGCGAUGUCGGCGACAAUUCGGAGCUCGAACUGUUGAGCGACGAUGUCAGUGCUCAACGUCGCGCGGCCGGCAAAGCAAGGGCGAUGCCGUGGCAUACAGACACCGCGCCCUCGUCCGUGACUGGUCACCUCAACGACAGACGCAGAUCUUCGGCUUACCCCGUCGUCGAGCUCGAGAGCAACAAGCCGUUCACCCGACUCGAACCGCAAGAUAUCGCCUUUAGCGCCUCGACGCUGCCCGAACGUGCGCUUUCUGCCGCAGAUUGUGUCGAGAUCAUCGUAGCGAGCCAUCCAGCCAUCUGCAACGCUCCUCUGCGUCAGUUCGGCGAAGACGGUCAGCCUUUGCCACCUACAAAGAAGCAUGAGACGAGCGAGGAUGAGUGGCGAGCUCGCAAGGAAGCGCUCCAGGUCAAGUUUUGCGCCAAGCAACGCCUCUCGCUGAUCAAGGCGAUGGUCGUCAUGGAGUCGCGCUCGGCAUCUUGGAAGCGCAUUGGCCCUCUGAACGCCAGCAAAGGGUCUACCCAAGCAUCGCCGGAGCAGGUGCAUCACGAAUCUUCCCCACGCUCGUCGAACGAAGUUGGCCGCCUGCCAGCGAUGCCGAGUCCGUGGUCGAUGGAGAUGCAGCACGAGCAGCUCGACGUCGCCCAGAUCAAGGGCAAGUCGAAGAGGACGAUCGAGCUCGCUUCUCUGAGGAUCAAUGCUCGUUGCGUCAAGUGCGAUGGCAGCGGAUUCGGCGCCUGCAUCACUUGCAAGGCCGAGCAAGCAGACGAAUGCUUCUGGUGCUGCGGUACUGGACGUGAAAAGACUCGCGCCCAAGCCUGGUGCCGUCGCUGCCAGGGCGCUGGUGUGUUGAAAUGCAACACUUGCUCCGGCAGUCUCAAGUCCGCUUGCCGUUCGUGCCAAGGGACAGGCACAGGAGAGUACGGCUUCUUUGUCGAUGUCACCGUCAAGCGCGUCGAAAUGCCAGCGGUACCGCUCUCGACGCUGUUCCCGCAGAUGGAGUCUGCAGCGAGCUCGUUUGAGCCUUCGUACGACGAGGUCAAGACGGCAGCGACCCUUGCGUUGUGGGAUUCGAUCACCAAGCUGACUGAGGCUCGAGCUCAGUUGGUGACGGCCAAGGGAGGCAAGGGGAAGAGCAAGGAGAUGGUGCCCGUCAUGGCAGCGUGCAUGUGGGAGAAUUCGAUCUCCCAAGUGGUGGGUGUGGACGUUCCGCUCGCCGCCAGGUUCAAGAAGGGCGCUACUCCCUCGCUGAGGCCCGAAGGCCUCCAUCGAAAGAUCCCGACCCAGAGAAGGUUCUUCACCGUGCCGAACGAUGAGGAUCUCCGAUCCGUGGAGGUAUCCGAGGAAGAGGCCAGGAAGCUCGGUGCUCCUACGUCUAGCCAGAUUCGUUCCUGUCAGAGCCGCGGCAGUCCCAGCACGACACCUCACUCCCCGUCUCCACUGGCGAGCUACGAGAGCUCGCCUGCAGCCAGCUCGGUCGAUCUACACGGCCGACCCGUGCUUGCGACUCCCAAGUCGGGAGGCGGUGUGUCUGGCUACUCUACACCUUCGCGAGUGCCUAGCCCACAAAGCGAAGUCACUCCCGCCAAGCCAGCAGCCAAGGAAUUCGUCCACCGUCCGAGUCCCCUCUCACAACUCGCUGCUGCCACGCCUGCAGGAACCCCGCCAGUCACUGUGCAGCAUGAUCAGAUGGAUCGAAGUUACUUUGACGAUCCUUUCUGUGCAUCCUCGCAGGGUCAAGAUGCGGACCAACGACUGCAGUCAGCGUUUGAGCCCAAGCCGAGGAGGCCGUCGGCGGGACAGAUCCUCUCCAAGAAGCUCAGUUCCAACAUUCUGAACAAAUUCGGCGCCCACCGUGGCAGCCUUUGA